GGGCCCGUGCCUGCCGUGCGCGGGUCGGGCACUUCCUCCCUGCCGCCCAGUCCGGCCUCCGGCCUCCUGACCACACGCCUCGCCAGGCUCUGGCCUCGCCGCGCCCCCUCCGCACGCCUCACAGCCCCAUCGGCGCCUGCGGAUGUGCUGAGCUCGCCGCUGCCGGCUUUGCGCCCUGGCCCGGGGGCCGUUCGAGGAAGUUGGGGCGAGGUGAGCCGGGUAUGCGCCAUCACCAUGGUCCAACUGGACUCAUGGCUCGGUGAGAUCCAGUGGCUCGUCUUGGUGUCGCUCUUCGUCGCUGCCCUGGUCACCGUGGGCCUGUACCUGGCGCAGUGUGCGCUGGCUAGAGCGCGACCCGGGCCCCGGCGGCGGGCGGCGGAACCUGCCGAGGGGCGGCGCCCGGAGUCGGACGCGGUGCUCUCCUGGAUCCUGACUCUGACCAGCUGGAGGAGCCAGUGGCAGCCUGCCUGGGUGACCGCCCUGAACGACGAGGCUGAGAGGAAAGGGGGUCCGCUGCUCCUCUCCUUUGAGGAAGAUCCACUGCAGCAGCCCCUGGAGCUGGCGGUUCAAGAAGUCUCCAGCGUGGUCAGGUCGGCUCAGGAGAAGGUGGUGGUCUGUCACGUGGUGGGCCAGUCCAUUCAGUUCCUGCUGCAUGUGGGGUCCGCUUCAGCUGUGGGUGCAGGGUGCCCCCUGUACGAUGUGCAGCUCUCCCCAUUUCACGUACAGCUGGAGCUUUACCUGAGAGAAAAGCGAGAAGACAUCCAGAUUAGGUGGUCCUUUGUCACUGUGCCAGAAAUGGCCCUGAAGAUCCAGCCCAGAGCCCUGGGGGAGGACCCAGUGGUUGAGACAAACGUGAUCUCUGAAGUUCUCAAGGACAUUUUGAAGCGUCUGGUUAGUUCAGCCUCCCCCUCAGUGGUUCUGAGCAGCAGGCCUGCAGACGUCAAGGAGGUUCAGAGUUUACAGUGCACCUCUUCUACUGCUCAGGAAUCCUGUCCUCCUAAGCCUCCAAGGCUUCAUGAAUUCAAGUUACUGGUGAGGAAUAUCCGAGCUUCGCUGCUAAAUGAUCCUGGUGCUUCAGGCAACAUUAACCUGGUGUGCACAGCUCAGCUGAAUGACCCUGUUCAAAGGUUCUCAAGCACCCUACCCAGAAACACUACCGACCUCACUUGGGAAGAAGAAUUCACCUUUGAGCUGAAUGCCAAGUCAAAGGAACUACACCUGCAGAUUUCAGAGGAUAGGGGAUCCUCAGAAGGUCUGUUGGCAAUGACCACAGUUCCUUUGGACCUCUUUAAGAAGCAGCCUUCUGGACCGCAGAGCUUUACACUGGCUAGCAGGCCACCCUCCGGCAGCUCGGUGUUGGGUUCAGUCACUGCAGAGUUUUCUUACAUAGAACCUGGUGAAUUGAAACCCUGGCGAGUCCCUUCCCCUGUUCCUGCUGCAAAGAUAGAGAAGGACCGCACGGUGAUGCCGUGCGGGACCGUGGUCACUACUGUCACUGCCGUGAAGACCAAGCCGCGCUUCGAUGUGGGGCGGUCGUCCCCACUGCGCUCAGAGUCUCCCGUGAGGACACCUGUCAAGGUGAAGGUCAUCGAGAAGGAUAUCUCUAUCCAAGCCAUCUCGUGCCACAGCCCUCCUGUCAGUAAAACAUUCUCUUCUUCAGACACAGAAUUGUUGGUGUUGAACAGUUCGGAUCCAGUGGCUGAAGUUGCCAUCCGGCAGCUCAGUGAAUCUUCAAAGCUGAAACUCAAGUCACCACGGAAGAAAAGUACUAUCAUCAUAUCAGGGAUCUCCAAGACCUCAUUAUCUCAGGACCACGAAGCCGCCCUGAUGCUGGACUACGCAGCCUCCAUGGACAGUGUCCCCCAGGAGGACACCCUGUCCCACCCAGAGGUUGCUGCAGCCCCUGCCCCACCUGAAGAACACGAGCCAGCCCAGCCCCCACCUGCCCCUGAGCCCCAGGAGAAUGACCUGGACCCCUGGGACUUGGAGAAGGAAGCACAGGCAGCAGCAUGGAGUGGCCCGGCCCUGCUGGACCCCGAGGGGGACGCACUGUCAGAGAGCUCCCUGAGCGUCUCGGAGCCAGGCACUGCCAAAAAGCAUAAAGGGGGAAUUUUAAGGAAAGGUGCGAAGCUGUUCUUCCGCCGGCGGCAUCAACAGAAAGAUCCAGGCAUGAGCCAGUCACACAAUGACCUUGUGUUCCUACAGCAGCCUGAGGGGGCCCGGAGGAAGGGGGCCACCCUCACCAGGAUCCUGAACAGGAAGCUGCUGUCCAGGCACCGAAGCAAGAAUACCAUGAAUGGUGCCCCUGGGGAGCCCUGCACAUAGUCCCAAGGUUGGCCCUCUUCAUACAGAGCUGGAAGCCGGGUACCCGCAUUACAACCAACCCUCACCGGGAUGGAGCGAAGUGUCAAUGAGCUGUCAGAGGGCUGACCGCUUGUCUAGCUCGGUUUUUUCCUGCAAUCUAGUCUUCUAAAAGGGGGGAAAAGAGAAAAAGGAAGUGUGAGGCUUCAGCCCAAGAGGCUUCCUCCAGGGAGGACUGACUAAGUCCAAUUUGCCACCAGAUGUCACACAAAUCCUGACGGCCCCACAGCUGGGCUGCACUCAAGUCUAAGAGUUUCAGUAAAAUGUUAGGGGAUUUAUAUCAUGAGUGAGCUAAUACGCUCCAGUGAACUGUGGAGGUGCAGGCUGGGGACGAUCAGUUUUACCCCCUCUACACUCUUCACAAGUAUUGCCUGGACUACGUCACAAAGAGGGGGUGCUCCUUCGAGCCGUCACUGUGAAGGAAUGGACGAGUUGCCUCUCGUUCGCUGCUCAGAAUAGAAAUGUGCAGGGCGGUGGGACGCAGGCAGGGUUUGUGAUAAACUGACGAAUUAUGACAGGAGUGGAAAUGCUGUGAUUAAGCAUAGGAAGACAUUUGCCUUUGAUAUCAGACAUAGGACUUGGUCACUUACACAGACACUACACGCACCCUAUGCAUAUACUGCUGAACACUUUUCUCACUUUACUUUGAGCCUGCUUGCAGGUGGGAGACAUAUAAAUUCUUCUGUGGUUUUCACACAUUUCUCUAUUGUGUCAGAAGCUCUAAUAAUACCAGCCGAGCAGCUGACACGCAAACUUUUUUGUCCUGUCCGGCAUCUUUGCUAUACAAGAGCAUAGCCAUCUUGGCAAAUGGCAUUAGGAGCAAUAAGUGACAGCUGAUAGAACGUGGUAACUACACACACCUAUGGUUUCUGCCAAAUAUUGCUAAUAGCCAAAACGGAGUCCUUCCAGGGCAAUAGAGGAAAUUAUUUUGUGUCUCAGGUGUCAGUCUUAGGAAUGGACAUUUAAUGACCCAUGGGCCGAUCUUGCCUAAAAUUCCUUUUAUGAAUUCUUCAAACGUUGCUGGUGAGCAGCGCUCAUGGACACCUUUGGGAUGCCCUUGUCUGGAUUUCCAGUGGAAGAAAGUGAUAUACUUGGCCCACACUUUCACUGCUCCUAUGUCUUUUCAGACCACUUUCCUCAUCAGAUGCCUUUCUACUUGGUUCAUGCCCAGUUUGCACUCUGACCCAUUCCUUGUUAAGUGUGCCACUUCUAGGAGACUUCCUUGUUAAAGAGUCCAUGUCAUGAAAUGUUUGACAGUUCAAUUAAGAUUCAUUUUCCCUGAAUAAGAUUUGAAAGACUGGGGCCAGCAGGUGGUGUGGUAGUUAGGUACUAGAUCCCACAUGGCUGUCUUUGGUAGUUAGGUACUGGA